ACUACAGCUAUCACCAGGAAGGCACAGCACUCUACUAGAAUACAGGAUGAAGACACUUAACUGUUAUGUGCUGUUAUUUUGCUGGAAAGCAAUCUGUUGCUAUAGCUGUGAACUCACCAAUAUUACUAUAGCAGUGGAAAGAGAAGAAUGUGAACUCUGCAUUACAGUGAAUGCCACGUGGUGCUCAGGAUACUGCUUCACAAGGGAUCCAGUAUACAAAUAUCCACCAGUCUCAUCUGUUCAGCAAAUAUGUACCUUCAAGGAGGUUGUGUAUGAAACAGUGAAGAUCCCUGGCUGCGGUGACCAUCCUGAAUCUUUUUACUCAUACCCAGUAGCUACAGAGUGCCACUGUGAGACCUGUGACACUGAUAGCACUGACUGCACUGUGAGAGGACUGGGGCCAUCCUACUGCUCCUUCAGUCACAAUGGAAGCAAUCAAUGAAGGGUACUUGAUAUGGCAGCUUGGCUUUAAAUUUUCACUUCUAAUUAGAUAAGGGUAUUGAACAGGCUGAAUCAUAAACUGAAAGACAAGGGUACCGAGAAACUGCCAAGCUUGAAACAAAAAUUUUUAAGGCCAAAAUGGAGAGCUACUGAUUAAACUUCUCUUUUGGCCUUCUCUACUUUUCCCAUCGUUUUCCCUGAAGUCAUUUUCAUGGGUGUAUAGAUUACAGACUCUGCCUUGCCCCCUCUUCUUUAUUCCAUCUUCAUUCUUUAUGUUUCUUCAUUUCCACAGCUUAGUUCACUUAGAUUACUCCAUACUAUCCUAUGCUUUUAAAAAGCUCCCAACUUUAUUAUGCCCUCAUUUCCAUCUCUCCUCAGAACUCAUUUUAAAAAGCCUUGCAGCACCAGUUUUAAUUACAUGCAACAUCCAUGCCCUUACUGUCUAAAUUCUAGUUAGAUGCUCUUAGCUGAGGUUCUGACUUUCUUCAGCAAAAUAUUUCAUGCAGUCAUUAUGUUAUGUAAACAGUAACAGCAUGUUUAUUUAAGAGCCAAAAACCUAUGUUCAAAUGUUGAAAGUGACCAAAAUCUUCUGCUUUCUCAUUAAGGCUUGUUAGCUCUGGCUCAGUGCCACAGUAACAAAUGGCACGAAGUCUAUCCAGUUCAUGCCUGGCUAACUCACUGUUUGAAAUGCUGAGCUGUCAAUCUCAAAAAAUUGUGAAAUAUUGCCACAAAUCUGAAACACUGGAUUUCCUCUCAUUAUGCAACAGAACAUAAUAAGAAUUAUUUUAAUAGAGAAGACUCACAAAUGAUUUAGGGAUAAAUGUAGAGAAACCUGACCUUGGCAGGGCAAAUCUGCAGUCACAACAUACCUUGUAAGUAGUCUGCAGUAGUGCCUCUGAGAACAGAAGUUUAUACAGCUCUGCAGCAACCUAAUUCUGCAGUGACCAAAAUGAAUGGGACAGAAUGGGACUGAAUCAGAAUGGAAAAUUAUCUCUGGUCUGAAAACUACAGAAUGAAAUCUACUGAAACAAUCAUCUACUGAAAUACACAGUGGAGAGCAACUGGUUCAGCAGCAGUUCUGCACAGAAGGCUUGGAGGUUAUACAAGCAGGGAAUCAGUUAACAAUACCAUACUACUAUGGAAAAUCUGAGACGUACAGGGUAGAGCCAACGAGAUACAACCUACUUCCAUAGUUCGUUCAGCCUUUUGAGGGCCUUAACCAAGAUGUUAUUUCGAGUUCUGGACACUGAACUCGAAACACUGAAGUAAAAGAACAGUCAGUUUGCCAUGCCUAUAGUGAACAGAACAAUGAACGCCAUCAGCAGAUCUCCCGAAAGGAAAAGACAGUUAGCCACUGAAAUAAAUUGUCAAGGAGGUGGGGGAAGGAAAGAAGAUAAAGGGGUAUCUGUGCAGUAGUGAUAAAAAGAACAAGAACUUUAAGACCAUGUUGGCCUGUUGAGAAUGACAGCAGCAAUGAUAACCUGCCAUGAUGCAGGUAAUGUGGAGGUUCACCUCUUGAGGUACUUUCCAAUACUAUUUUUGUAUUACUUGACCAGCUGUCAUGACUGCUUUUGAGAUCCUUACAGAGAUGUUUAUUUAAAGGGAAUUUGUUUGUUACUCUGGAUCACUCUUUGUAUGGAUAUUUUAAUUUAUUUCAUUUGUAACUUUUUUUUUUACUGUAAGAUACUAGUGUUCUUAUUUAUAAGCUGUAUUAUCAUGGACAUUGACUUUGGUCUAGUGAAAUUUUAAAAGUGGUAAUGCAACAGGUAAAUGAAAUUGCCUGUCAUUUCAAUUUUAAACAAGAGUUGACUUUCGGUUACAUUCAAGUUUGUUGUUCACAUUGGGAAUUAUUCAGUUCUGGAUGAGGGAAUUCUGAAUGAAAACUGUGAAACGGAGUAGCUUGCAGCAAAAAGUACGAAAAGUAUAUGUUUUCAAAAUACAUCUGUAAGCAUCUGUACUAUCUGUUGUACAUUUUGGAAAAAUAAAAAUAAUUUUAUUGUAA